AUGUUUGAAUUAUUCGUGCUCUGGCUAUAUCAACGCCGAGCUUUCGCAGCCCUCAUCGAUGAGACCAUCAAUGCCCUGACACGAGAAUCGCCGCCCUCUGCGCGGGUCGAGGCCAGCCAGAUGGCGUUGCACUGGAACUUGGUGCGCCUUCACCUCUUCGCCGCGUCCAUCGACCUGCCAGCCCUGCAAGAUGUAGCUAUGGAUGUCCUCCAAGAUCUCUAUCUACGCUGCGAUUGGGACGUGUCUGCACGGUUCGUGCGCUACCUCUACGACCGGGACGCAGAGCAUGCCUUCCGCCUCCGGAAAUGGGCUGUCGCAAUGAUGGCAUGGACUCUGGCUGCUAACGGCCACGAUGAAGAAGAUGGUAUCCCACAGUCCUUCCAACAGCUCUUCGAUAGCUACCCGGACCUUUGCGACGAUUAUGCUGCUCAUCUCAGCAAAAUGGCUGGUAGCCGUGCAAACGUCGCCAUCAAGAAUCCUCAAUUACGGCUGCAUGCCAACAAGCUGAGAAGCGAGGAGCGUCAUUUCGGGUUCCGACAGUGCAGCUUUCAUAGUCACCGCAGUGCGGUGGGUGAAGUUUAA